AUGAACACCAUAAAAAAUUCAAAUGAUGAAAACACUCUUGUACCAGAAUUCUUACAACAAGACGACAUAGGCGAAGAAUGCAAGGAGUUAUUACCCACAUUGCCAUUGGUAAAAGGUUGGAUUGAAAGUGACUUAUAUAAAUAUCAAGGAUUUUGGUUUUUCCCAAAGGUUCUGCAUGGUGUUUUAUCUUGUCAAAAACACUUUCAAGCCAUUGAUACUGAUAUCCUCUUAGUAACUUUUCCCAAAUCAGGUACAACUUGGCUCAAAGCAUUGAUGUUUGCUUUGGUAAACCGCAACAAAUAUCCCAAUAUUCAUGACGAUCAUCCUCUUCUCACUAAAAACCCUCACGAUCUUGUUCCCUUUUGGGAAGUUGGCCUUUACUACGACAAAGAUUUAGUUCCUGAUCUCCAAACAAUAUCUCCUCCAAGACUUUUCUCGACUCAUAUAUCUUAUGAAUCAUUGCCAAAAUCUGUGCGGGAUUCAAAUAGUAAGGUGGUGUAUCUAUGUAGAGAUCCUAAAGACAAUUUUGUUUCAUUGUGGCAUUUCGCAAACAAGAAUAGACCAAAAAGUAGGGAAACAGUUCCAUUACAAGAUGCUUUUGAGAGUUUUCGUAGAGGAGAAACUCCUUUUGGACCUUUUUGGGAGCAUGUAUUAGGAUAUUGGAAGAAAAGCUUGGAAAGUCCAAACAAGGUUAUGUUUUUGAAAUACGAAGAAAUAAAAAUGAGACCUAAUUUUUAUCUAAAAGAGAUUGCAAAGUUUUUGGACUGCCCAUUCUCCAAACAAGAAGAAUCUAAAGGUCUGGAUAAUGAUAUAUUAAAUUUGUGUAGUUUUGACAAGUUGAGUAAUUUGGAAGUCAAUAAAAUUGAAAAAACAUCUUUUAAAGUUGAAAACAAAAGUUUUUUCCGUCUUGGUCAAGUUGGAGAUUGGAAAAAUCUUCUCACAACAGAAAUGAUUGAGCAUAUAAACACUAUGACGGAAAAGAAAUUUCUUAAACAUGGGUUGAAGUUUUAG